AUGCAGAAACUUAAUAAGAAAAUAAUGCCAGGACUCAAUUUACGUCCGAAAGGUUCUGAAAUUAUAGCGAUGGAACGGAGAGGUUAUGAAUUUGGUAAUAAAAUUGGAAAAGGAUCAUACGGUUUCGUUGUAAAAGCAAGUUACAAAGAUCAAAGCUCAGAGGAGAAAAUCGAACUUGCUUGCAAAUACGUUGAUAAAAGAAAAGCGCCAAAAGAUUUUCUCGAAAAGUUUUUCCCUCGUGAAAUCAAAAUUUUAACAAAAGUUUCCCAUCGAAAUAUCAUUGGAAUUCACAGCAUCUUACAAUCGGGGAAUAAAGUUUUCAUCUUUAUGCGUUGGGCUGAAAAUGGCGAUCUUUUGGAUUACAUCAAGAAAAAUGGAAUUAUUCCAGAAUCUCAAGCUAAUCUCUGGUUCUAUCAAAUGGCAAGUGCUAUCAAAUACAUUCAUUCAAUGAAUUAUGCUCAUCGAGACAUGAAGUGCGAAAAUAUUUUAAUCUCAAAGCAUAUGAACAUAAAAAUUGCUGAUUUUGGAUUUGCAACGAGCUGUUCUGGUGAUGAUAACAAGAAAUUCCUUUCAGAAACGUUUUGUGGAUCAGCUGCAUAUGCACCACCGGAAAUCAUUAAUGCUUCACCUUACGAACCAAAGCUUGCUGACAUUUGGUCUCUUGGCAUUAUCCUCUUUGUCAUGCUUAACGCUCUUAUGCCAUUUGAUGACACAUACAUGGGGAAGUUGAUAAGAGAUCAAAGAGAGCGUAGAUAUCAUAUUCGCGAUGAUGUCGAAGAGAAAUUGACACAAGAUUGCAAAACAAUGUUGUACGUUCUUCUCGAACCAGAUCCGAAAUUGCGAGUCAACAUUGAAGGCGUUUAUAGAAUGAAAUGGCUCGCCAAAACCAUCGAAAAACAUGAUAAUUAAAGGUUUCUAUUUUCAUCAAUUCAUAAAUUUCAUCCAAACGAUAAAAAGUUCGCAAAUAAAAAUUGUUUAAAGUUUCAAAAUUCUCCAA